ACCCUUCCUCAGUCCUGUUCCUCCGCUGCCUGUGCUGUACACAUUCCAGUCUGAUUGGCUUAGCUGUUGGCCCCAUGCCCAAAGGGCGUCUGUAUAAAACUCCCCAUGUGUUGAAAGUCAGAGUCAGAGAGCAGAAGGAACUCACAGAGACCCAAUCAAGUCACAUACUGCAACUGAAAGCUCCGGAAAAUGUGUAAAGGAUUAGCUGCCUUACCUCAGACCUGCCUGGAAAGGGCUAAGGAGAUCAAGUCAAAAUUGGGAGUUUUACUGCAGAAGCCAGACAAUGCCAUCGACCUCAUCAUCCCUUAUCCUGAAAAGACUGAGAAGAAGCCAGAGAAGCUUCAGAAGCCUACUCCUGAGGAGGCUGCUCAGUGGCGUGAGAGUCUGGACCGAGUCCUGAACAACAGCUAUGGUCUGAAUGCUUUCCGCAGCUUUCUGCAGUCAGAGUUCAGUGAUGAGAACAUUGAGUUCUGGAUGGUCUGUGAGGACUUCAAGAAGAUCAAGAACCCCGUGAAAAUGGCUGCCAAGGCCAAGAAGAUCUAUGAGGAUUUCAUCCAGUCUGAGGGACCCAGAGAGGUGAACAUUGACCACUUCACCAAAGAUGUGACCCUGAGGAAUCUGGUGGAUCUCUCCCCUUCAACCUUUGACCUGGCCCAGAAGAGGAUUUUCGCCCUGAUGGAGAAAGACUCCUUUGGCCGUUUCCUGCGGUCUGAGCACUACCAGGAGCUCCUGGUCAACUAAGCCUUAGAAGCAGGAUGUGGGGCGUUGGGGUUGGGGUUGGGGUUGGUGGGGAGGUUUCAAAUAGCAGUUGAUUACAAAACUGAAAAUAAUUAGAAAUAUGUGAUGACUUUUAGAUUAAACACUACGAAAAAAAACUACCAUUACUUUAUUACAAGACUUUAUUUCAAUAGAUUUCAUUCAAAAAAGGAAAAUUCAAAAGAAAAAAACUGCAGAUUGAAAUGUCCCCACAUCCCCACCUCAUACAUAUGUUCCUGUAUUUCUAUCUAAAUGAGGACCAUUGAUAAGCUUCUUUCUCAGUUUCUUAGUGCUCUCUUAAUUACAUUGCUCAAAUUGAUUGAAUUGAUUCAAAACUAUUAAAAAAUGAUAGAAGUACAGGAUCACAGUCUUUCUAAUUGGGCCUCAAAGUCAGUUGUUUAACUGUAUGAACACAGUAUGCUCCUGAAAUAAUCCCCUGAAGACAUAGCCUCUUGUUAUGUUGUGCAUCAAAGUCUUAAAAGCUGGUCAGUUUUAUGCUUAAACUACAAUUUAAUGGACUUGCAUAAAAACAUGACUUCGACUUUGUCCCAGUAUGAAAAGGGCAUUGUUAUUUUCCAUUUUAUUUUCAAACUCACCCUCAUCAUGAGCUAAAUUUAAUCCUCAGUGAAUGUAUUUCAAUUUCCAGUCUCACUCUCCAGAAUUGGGAGGGUUACAAAAUAAAGGGACAUUAUGACAAUGAUAAGAUCCAUUCAUUUACUGAGGAAACUGGGGGUAUAAUAUUGUUAAUUCUAUUAAUAAUCAAAUAUAUUGGGAUCUAAUAAACUUCUACUCGGUGUUAGGCUAGCAACACCUGAGACAACUGCCUCCAUCAGCUAUGCCUUCACUCACAUCUCUGGAAGAUGGUCAGUUAUUUUCAAUACAAAGCAAACAGCUUCUGUUUUGUACACAAUGAGGAAGAUUAAAAAAAAUACAUCAUGGAGAAAUGUUCAAAUCCCCUUCAAAUGGUAGUGAGGCUGUUCUACAUUAAAAAGGAAUUAAAGUGUACAGAAAGCUGAAUGUGAGAUUGACUGUUACAUUACUUUUUCAAACGAAGCUCAAACAUAUUACCUUAUUAUCAGUGCCUGAUAUUAACAUUACAUACAUUCCGAAUAAAUAAGAAGCUGUUCCACAGUCGAAGGAACUGAUGGAAUUCUUAAUCAGGUCACAUUUUGUUCGUGUAGAAAAAAUACCUUAUUUGGAAACUUGUAUCAACACAUAAGUAUUGAUUAUCUCUUAACUUUUCUGUUUUCCUGUGUCAAUUUUUCAGUCUUGCAUAGAUACAAAAUUUGGAUUUUCACCAAACCCCACCUUUCUGGUAGUAAUAUUUCCUGUGGGAGCAGUGCUGGCUGGGCGUCUCAGUGGCGUAGCUCCUUGGCUACCACUAUACUGCAAGUUGCUAAGAUGGGAAAAUCAAGUAGGAGGGAAUCUCAGAAAAAGGAAUAAACAGAGUAGUGGCUUGAUACGAAGAAUGCUCCUUUUCCCAUGUGAUAAUACCAAAGUUAUAAGUAUGCACGUCGAGUUCCUUAAAAGGUCCAAACAAAAACAUGAGAGACAGAACUUGAAAGUUUGCAGCACUUGACAAUCCCCGCCUGUAUUAUUGGCUUUGAAUUAGAAGUCAUACAGCACAUAUUUAAGAUUUCCAACGAAUAAAUUCUCACAUGGACAUAAAAAAUCUGCCAGUGCAUUAUAAUUACAAAAACAGUUUUAACCAAACUUACACAUACUUCAUUUUAUUUGUCCAUAUAAAGAAUUUAAUAUUCAGCCACAAUUUAUUUAACACUCUUCUGUAAUAAAAAAAGUCACCCACUGACACUUGGAUGAGGCAUAGACGGAUGUAUUGUAGGACUCAGUGUUGGUGUUUAAUGUUUAAGUGUUUUAAUAUACACAUUUAGUUAAAUGUAGUUGAAUGUAGCAUGAAGCUUUAUUAUAUUUACUAUUUUCUGAGUUUUCUCAUAUUUACCUUUUUUUUUUAUCCACACGGUUAUUAUUUACAUAUUUAGCGGUUUAAGCCCUUAUUGUUGUGCAAAUGCAUUUAUGUUCCACAUUAGUCAGAUAUAAUAUCAUUACAAACUUAUCGUUUAAUUCAUUGAUAUCUGAAUGUAUUUGCUUAAAAGUGCAUUUAACCCGAUGACAGAUCUAUAACACUAAUUCACAGUUUAGAAAAGUAUUGAAAAGGGUUUUAUAUAGCACAGAUUGACCAGUCUGCUGUCUUAACCUGAAGUAUUACAAGUGACAAAACAAUACGGAAAAACUGAAUCGAUAAGGGCUUUAACAAUGCUGAGUAUGCAUUUUUGGAUGUAGUUUGCAUGUACGGUUUGUAGUGGAUCACAUAAAAAUAUAUAUGCAUCCAAUUUCUGAAGAUGUAUUUAUUUAUGUGUGUAAAUAACUACUAAGUUAUUCUAAAAGGCUACAACUGAGCUGGUUACGACUCUUCUCGGGUCUUUUCACUGUUAUAAAGGACAAAAGAUUGGACCUUCAAUUGUCACUUUGUUUUCUUUUUAUUGGGUUAACCUUUGACUACAAUGAUCAGCUAUUUUAACAAGAAAAUACACAACUGUAUUCAUGGAUU